AUGAAGAACACACUCCUCUUGACCAGCAUAUCUGCCUUUGCAACUCAUGUUGCAGCCCAUGCAACUUUCCAGGACCUCUGGGUCAACGGAUCAACCUGCGCAAGACUACCCAACAGCAAUAGCCCCGUCACCUCCGUAACAAACAACGACAUCCGCUGCAACGCCAACCAAGGCCCCGCCGCCUCCAAAUGCAGCGUCCCAGCCGGCACCACCGUAACCAUCGAAAUGCACCAACAAAACGGCGACCGCUCCUGCGCCAACGAAGCCAUCGGCGGCGCCCACUACGGCCCCGUCCUCGUCUACCUCUCCAAAGUCUCCGACUCCUCCACCGCCGACGGCUCCACUCCCUUUUUCAAAAUCUUCCAGGACACUUGGGCGCGCAAUCCGUCUGGCGGCGGAGGCUCAGAUGACUACUGGGGCACUAAGGAUCUGAACAAGAAUUGCGGGAAGAUGGAUGUAAAGAUUCCUGCGGAUCUCGCCGCGGGAGAUUACCUCUUGCGUGCUGAAGCUAUUGCGCUGCAUGCAGCGGGUAGUACAGGUGGAGCGCAGUUUUACAUGACGUGUUAUCAGAUUACUGUUACAGGAGGUGGCUCGUCGGUUCCGUCUGGCGUUUCUUUCCCGGGAGCGUACAAGGCGUCUGAUCCGGGCAUUCUGAUUAAUAUCUACCAGAAGCUUGCGUCGUAUGUUGCCCCCGGCCCCGCGGUUAUUGCGGGUGGCACCGAAGCGGUUGCUGGACAAGCUGGGUCGGUGGUUACGGCUACGGGAGGACCGCCGGUUGCUACGCCGACUCAGACGAGUACGUUGAGGACGUCGACGGUGGCUUCGUCUGCGGCGCCGGCGCCGACGGAUGGAGGUGGUGCGGGGGGUUGCUCGGUUGCGAAGUAUGGGCAGUGUGGGGGGAGGGGGUUCACGGGAUGUACUACUUGUGCUUCUGGAUCAAGUUGCAAGGCAUCGGGUGAAUUUUACUCUCAAUGUUUGUAG